AUGAUUGGCGAAAAACGAGACCACCUGCCCUCGCUGCUGCUGCUGCCGGGGCCCCCGGAGCCAGCCAGCCGGGCGUCGCUGAGUGCCGCAUACCGACCGCCGCUGGAGAUGGCGCUGGCCCGGACAAAGCGCACAGACAAGGCGGCCACGCUGAUCGUGGCCGUGGCGGCGUCCUGGCUGGAUGGUCCGUCGCAGGAGACAAAGGAGCUGGUGUGGCCCGACAUGUCGGCGCUGCUGGCGGGCCUCUACACGAUCAUCGCGGUGCUGUGCGCCAAGAUGGACAUUGCGACCGACAUGGACGGCGGGCCGGGCUCGGUGGACGUCCGCGUCGUCCUGCUGGACCACGACCGCAGCCGGGCCUUUCCCGAUUUUUUGCCGAUCAUCGAGCCGAACAACACGAUCGUGGUCGACCUGCCAUCGUUUGCGGCUGCCUACCACCCCUGGAACGACAUCUUCCACGUCCAGAGCGAGGCCGGCCUGCACCUCAACAACCUGUACGUCAAGUUUGCGCAGACGGUGCAGCGCAUUGCCGACGACCAGCUCGUGGCCGUGGCCGGCGGCCUGACGAUGCACCUGGGUCCAUCUGCGACUGCUUCUGGCACGUCCACGCCAGCCUCGCGCAUCAUGCAUCUGCCGACGCCGAGCCAUGCGUGCGUCUGUCUCGGCGGCACCUUUGAUCACCUGCACCCGGGCCACAAGCUGCUGCUGACGGCCGGCGCGCUGCUCCUCCGCGUGCCUACGCCGCUGUCUGGCCCGGCCUGCGAGUACGUCAUCGGCAUCACCGGCGACGAUAUGCUGCGCAACAAGCGCUAUGCCGCAUACGUCCAGCCCUGGGACGAGCGUGCCCGCAACGUCAUCUACUUUCUCGCCUCCCUCCUCGAGCUCGCCCGCGACGGAUGGGAGGAGAAGAUUGGGCCCGACAUCGACGAGCACACCGCUGGCGACUUUCGUGCUUCUUUUCGCAAUGGCUCCAUCACCGUGCAGUGCGUCCGCAUCGACGACGCGUACGGUCCCACCACCCGCCGUCCCGACAUCGGCUGUCUCGUCGUCUCGGGCGAGACCCGCUCCGGCGGCCGCGCCGUCAACCAGGAGCGUGCCAAGCUCGGCUGGCAGCUGGUUGACGUCUUUGAGGUCGACGUCCUCACCGCUGACGAGGUCGCCACCGACAUGGCCGCAGAAGACGCCACUGCCACGACCGCCAGCUUUGAAGCAAAAAUUAGUAGCACAGAGAUUCGCAGGGUCAAGGCUGAGGCGGCUGCAAAGGCAAAAUUAACUGAGGAGGGAAAACAGGCCUCCACAUCGUAG